AUGGCAUCUCCAUCACCAAAUCCAGUACGGCCUGGACCAGCAGCUUUACCAUCUCGAAACCCUCUCCCUUUGUCCUCCAGCCAAGAGACACAAGUCCGCGAGCUCUACUUCAAGCGAGUAAGGAACAAGUGCGCCGAUGAGGUGCGAGACUUCGCCUCUUGCUGCACCUCCCGCACCUUCACCGCAACCAUCAUGUGCCGCGCCGAACAAAAACGCAUGAACGUCUGCAUGAUGAAAUACGCCACUCAAGCCGAACAGGACGCCGCGCGAGAAGAAUGGUUUGCGACGAUGGAUAAGCGGAAAGAGGAGAGGGAGGUGAAGGAGGAGAAGAGGAAGAAGGACGAGAUUUUCUGGCGCGAGUGGUGGGAGAAGGAUGAUGCUAAGAAGAAGUUGGCUGGGUCUGGUGGACAAGGGGAGGGCAAGGCUUGA